AUGGGGUGGUGCUCCUGCUUCAAACCCUUCACUUCUGUGGAUCCUUUUGAAGAAGAAACUGGUCUCGCCUUAGAAGUUUCACGGCUUGAAGCUGACAUUCAAGAAGCUGAACAGGUUGCUUUGGCCAUGGAAGAAUCUUCCCGUGAGGAGGAAGAGGAAAGAAGGCGCACCAGAGAGAGAGAAGAGGAAAGAAGGCGCAUCAAAGUGAUAGAAGAGGAAAGAAGGCGCAUCAGAAUGAUAGAAGUGGAUGCGCAGAUAGCAAAUGGUUUUCUAUACGAGGAUAGAAAAAGGCAGAAUAAUUAUAACUCUGCAUUGGAAGACGAGCAGCUUGCUAAAACUCUUGCGAAGAGUUUGAAGGAGAAAGGCAAAAGAGAACAGUUUGAAGAACAAGUGAAGAAAGAUGAACAGCUUGCUGCGAUUGUUCAGGAGAGUCUAAACAUGGUAGAGUCUCCUCCUCGAACUGAAAACCAUAAAAGUAUUCCUCGUAGCGCUCCGUUGGAUGUAGAUGAGCAGCUUGCUAAGGCUAUUGAGGAGAGUUUAAAGGUCAAAGGCAAAGGAAAGCAAUUUGAAGAUGAACAAGUGAAGAAAGAUGAACAGCUUGCUGCAAUUGUUCAGGAGAGUCUAAACAUGGUAGAUUCUCCGUUGGAUGAAGACGAACAGCUUGAUAAGAUUAUCCGGGAGAGUUUGAAGGGGAAAGGCCAAAUAAAGCAAUCCAAAGAUGAGGUGGAAGACGAUGAGAAGCUCCUAAAGGUGGAUCCUCCUCGCAGCAUGUGUGGUGGUUGCAACUCUGAGAUUGAACAUGGAAGAUCUGUGGAUGUCUUAGGUGUUCCUUGGCAUCCCGAGUGUCUCUGGUGUGAUGCUUGCCACAAACCAAUUGCUAUCCACGAGGUUGAAAACCAUGUUUCAAACUCAAGAGGCAAGUUUCACAAAUCCUGCUAUAAUCGGUACUGCUAUGUCUGCAAAGAGAAAGUGAAGAUUAUCAAUCAGCAUCAUUUCUGGAAGGAGAACUACUGCCCUGCUCAUGAUUCUGAUAAAACUCCUAAGUGUUGCAGUUGUGAGAGGUUACAGCCUAGGGGAACGAACUUUGUGAUGCUUGGUGAUAGUCGGCAGCUAUGUCUAGAAUGUAUGGAUUCAGCGGUUAUGGAUACUUACGAAGUCCAGCCUCUGCACUUUGAAAUCCGUGAAUACUUCGAAGGCUUAAACAUGAAGAUUGAGAAAGAAUUUCCUUUUCUUUUGGUGGAGAAACAAGCGCUGAAUGAAGCUGAGAAGGAAGAGAAGAUUGACAAUCAGUAUGAGUUGGUAACCAGAGGUAUUUGCCUGUCUGAAGCCCAGACCGUCACAAGUGUCUCAAAAGGGCCAAGGUUGGGGCCGAACAAGCAACUAACAGGUAUGGCUACGGAAUCUCAAAGGGUUGUUCGUGAGUGCGAGGUCACUGCAAUUCUCAUCUUAUAUGGACUUCCAAGGUUACUAACUGGAUACAUCUUGGCUCAUGAGAUGAUGCAUGCUUAUCUUAGACUCAAUGGACAUAGGAUUCUAAACAAUGUUCUUGAGGAAGGAAUAUGCCAAGUGCUAGGCCACAUGUGGUUGGAGUCUCAGACAUACGCCGCUAUUGAUGCUGCAGCUUCAUCAUCAGCUUCUUCUUCCCGCCUUCCUCUAGCUGCUGCUAGUGCAUCAAAGAAAGGUGAGUGCUCUGAUUUCGAGAAGAAGCUCGUGGAGUUUUGCAAGAAUCAGAUAGAAGAAGAUGAUUCACCGAUCUACGGUCUCGGGUUCAAGAAAGUUUACGAGAUGGUCUCGAAUUCUAGCCUCCAGGAAACACUCAAGGAGAUUAUUCGCCAGGGUUGA